UCUGUGUUGUUGAUGCUUGGUGUGUGUGUGUGUGUGUGUGUUGAUGUUGCAGGUCUGCAGGUGUGCUCUGGUCCAGUCCACAAGACUCUCCCCCGAGGACGUGAGUCGUCUCUACACAAAUGUUUUCCAUGAGUCCUGCAGCGUGGAGGAAGUACACGUGGCCUUGAAGAAGGUUAGAGAAGGAGACAGUCAGUGGUCGUGUGUUGGUGAACACGUUCUGGACGUCAUCACCGAAAUGAAGACCGCAAAGGAGAGUGAAGAAAAGUUGUACUGGGAGGGUCAGCUGCUCAAUGCCGGACAACAUGUCAACUCUCACGCCACGACGUGUCCUCACCGAAGCUCCAAAACGUCCUGCUGGCGUCACACUAGCAGCACUGAGAGGAAGACAAGGAUGGAGGAAGAGGAGCAGCUGUGCAGUGUGAGAAGCCUCCACAAGGCAGCCAGACACAGCUGGGCUAAAUUGGUGACUGAGGGUGUGCGAGGCAUGCUGGCCUCUCCCGGGCAACUUCGUAGCACAGGGGUCAGAGGUCAAGCCUGGGGCUGUAUGUCCGCAUCAGAUGUCCUCCUCUUGAUGGACGUAAAGUAUGACGUCGUCACCCGUUUGCUUUACGCUGACAUGCUGCAGGAACACCACAAUGUGGAUGUGUGGGAGGCUCUGUCGCCAUGGCAACGGCACGAAGAAGAAGUUCGGCUCGGGGAUCUUGCAGAGGAGGCGUUGGAGGACGACGACAUGCUCCGAUUGGCUGAACUGCCAGGAGCAUUCAGAAUAUACAGGACGUGUCCUGAGUCCAGUAGAGAGUGUUUCACUGCUGUCUCUCUCCUCUACAAGUUCAACACAUCACGUCAACAAGAAAGGGCAAGCCUAAGAGCUUUGGCAGAGAGGCUGGACAAGGACAGUCUGAGCCUGAUGUGCUGGCAUAUCAGGCUGGCAACGCUCAAAGCUGAAAGGGAAAAGACAUCCAAUGAUGCGUAUUUGGGAGCACAACAAUGUUGGGACAUGUGGCCACAUGUUUACAGUCCAUGCAGAGAAGAGCAGGCUGCUUCAUUGCUGCACAGUGGAGACGUAGAAGAACACCUAAGAGACUGCCAAUUGUCACAGCAGGCCUUGCUGCAGUUGCUGGUGCUCAGCCAGGAGCAGGAGAGGAAGCAGCUGGUCCACUUGCUACAUGGAGUCACCUUAGAGGAUGUGCAAAAACCCGCUCCCACAAAGUCUCCUAAAGCAGAUUGCGUCAAAAGGAUGAAACAAAUCCGCCACACCUGGGAAACGAGCAGUGAGAUAAACAAAGCCCAGUCUGACAUCAGCAGAACCCCGACAGAGUGGUCCCAGGACCAGCUGGAACAGGUGUCCUUGAGACUCUUGACACAUGUCAUGGAGCUGCAGGAGAAGCAGGCGUCGUCGUUACUUCAAGAUUUGAUGAACAAGGGUGAGCAGCACCUUCAGGGACUGCAAGAAGAGUAUGAAUCCAAACUGCGAGAAGACCAACACAACAAUCUUCUCCAACUCAUAAGCCCAGAAGCGUCUUCCACGACUUCAGACACGCAUUGGAUUCAGGAACGAGUCCAAGGUCAGAUGACUUGUAGUGGACCCGCUGAGAACCAGGACCUCACCGCUGGACCUCCUCAAUCUCUGACCACAACCAGCAGUGAAGUAAAUGGAGGCCAAACUGAGGGUGUACCUAAUAAACAGGCUGUUUGUGCAGGGUGUGGAUUGACACUUGGGGGUCUGCCCUACUUGGAGGUCUCCUGUGUGGCAGCUAAAAUGGAUGAAGACGCUGAGGAGGAGGAGGAGGAGGAAAGUCAAAGAAAGAACCAGGAUGAGGAAGAGGAUGCUUGGAGCUCACAGCCAGAGGACCACGCUCGUCGUGAGGAAGACGCCGUCAACGUCCAAACGGAGACUUUGGAAGGACAAAGCACGGCUGGCAAAACGGAGAUGGAGAAGUUGAGGUCUUGUCUGAGUCCCAUCCCCCACGCCGUCUUAGAACCGCAGGACUCUUCGGACGUGCAGCGACGUCACCUGGCCCCUGCCAUGUCCAGUCACACAGUCGACGUGAAGGACAGGCCAGUGGUGUCACCCACACAGGACAGGCCAGUGGUGUCACCCACACAGGACAGGCCAGUGGUGUCACCCACACAGGACAGGCCAGUGGUGUCACCGGCGCAGGACAGGCCAGUGGUGUCACCGGCACAGGACAGGCCAGUGGUGUCACCCACACAGGACAGGCCAGUGGUGUCACCGGCGCAGGACAGGCCAGUGGUGUCGUCGCUGGAAAGAGAGAAGACGGUGCGUAAGCUGGUGGACGUGCACAGGCGGGCGGAGAGGAAGCAGCAGCGAGACAGAGAAAGACAGCAGCUGCGGGUCCAGGAACGUCUGUCCAUCAUCCAGAGCAGGAAGGCCGAGGACGAGGUGUUUGGGCGUAGACACAGGGACAGCAUGAGACAUUUGACAAAAGAGCUUUCCCAGGAGGACAAAAGUCAGCAGAAGACUUUGGUCAAAGAAAAACUGGAGCAGCUCAGAAGAGAACGUUCAUUUAUUAUGCAGUCCAGAAGAAACAAGAAUGCAGCAGGACUGAAGGAACUCUUGGAGCCCAUACAAGUCCACAUCAGACCUGAAGACACUGACUCUUCCACUUGA